CUACAUUACGUUCACUUCAAACUCAAUCACCUCUUUUAUUACCCUUCACAGAUACAAACCAUAAGCAAUCAAUCCACUGAAAAAUGGCGUACUCAAAGACUAUUCUUCUUGUUGUCUUUGCCGUUCUCCUCAUCACUGCUGAGGUCUCAGCUCAUCGUGACCUAACUGAGACAACCACUCCAACUAUUGAUGGUAAUGGGGCAUACAAUAGAGGAGGCAAUGGAGGAAACGGCGGAGGCAAGGGAGGAAACGGAGGAUACGGAGGAGGAAGCAAUGGAGGAAACGGAGGAGGCAAGGGAGGAAAUGGAGGAUACGGAGGAGGAAGUAAUGGAGGAAACGGAGGUGGCAAAGGAGGAAACGGAGGAGGCAAGGGAGGAAACGGAGGAGGCAAGGGAGGCAAUGGAGGAGGCAAGGGAGGAAAGGGAGGAAAGGGAGGAAAGGGAGGAAAGGGAGGGGGAGGGCAUGGACCCGAAACCGAGAACUAGAUGAUGAUCCUGCUGCUGCAAAAAUAUUAGGGUGGAAGAAGUAUGCACUAGCUUCUUUGCUAAUUAAUAAAUUUGUAUUGGUUGAGUGGUCCACAAAACUCUCAAUCGUAUCUUUGUAAUUCGAUCCUCGGAUCAACUUGUUAUGUUGUACGUACUAUCUACAAAACCACUUAAUUUGCUCCA